AUGUCCUGGCAGGAGAUGCGAUUUCAAACCAUCUCACAAGAGACAUGCGAGAAAGAGUUUGUUGAGCCGUUUAUGUCCAUACUUCCUGAAGUGACUGCACCAGAUCGAAAGGUCCCUUUCCGGCAGAAGAUUCUUUGGACAGCAGUCACGCUGUUUAUCUUUUUAGUAUGCUCCCAAAUUCCAUUAUAUGGCAUCAUGUCGUCAGACUCAUCGGACCCUCUCUACUGGCUGCGUGUAAUUCUUGCCUCUAACCGUGGAACUCUUAUGGAACUCGGAAUCACCCCAAUUGUGACUUCAGGAAUGAUCAUGCAACUUCUUGCCGGUGCUGGUCUUAUCGACGUUGACUAUUCUCUGAAAGAAGACCGUGCUCUAUUUAACGGUGCGCAAAAACUCUUUGCAAUGGUGUUUGCAUUCGGUCAAGCAACUGUGUCUGUCUUGACGGGACUAUACGGUGAUCCGUCCGAAAUUGGGGCUGGUGUCUGUUUGCUGUUGGUCAUUCAGUUGGUCAUGGCUGGGUUAAUAUCGAUGCUUUUGGAUGAGUUGUUGCAAAAAGGAUAUGGUCUCGGAUCGGGAAUUUCGCUAUUUAUUGCCACAAAUAUUUGCGAGUCUAUUAUCUGGAAGGCAUUCAGCCCGACUACUGUAAAUACCGGGCGUGGACCUGAGUUCGAAGGAGCCAUUAUCGCAUUGUUCCAUUUGCUUAUUACUCGUGGUGACAAGACUCGUGCUCUGAAAGAGGCUUUCUAUCGCAAUAACUUGCCCAAUGUUAUGAAUCUUUUGGCCACCGUUAGCGUCUUCGCCAUUGUUAUUUAUCUCCAGGGAUUCAGAGUCGAAAUACCUGUUAUUUCACGCAGAGCCCGUGGACAGCGUAGCACUUACCCAGUCAAACUGUUCUAUACAUCAAAUAUGCCCAUUAUGCUUCAAUCAGCCUUGACUUCGAAUAUCUUCCUUAUCUCACAAAUGAUGUACAACCGAUUUCCAGAGAAUAUCCUUAUUAGAAUGCUUGGUGUAUGGUCGACACAUGAAGGCUCUAGUCAGCAAUAUGCUUCAAGCGGCCUUGCGUAUUUCAUCUCUCCUCCACAUAGCAUUCUCGACGCACUUAAGGAUCCUAUACACACGGUUUUAUAUGUCACGUUCACUUUGUCGGCCUGUGCUUUGUUUUCCAAGACGUGGAUUGAAGUUUCCAAUUCUUCUCCUCGCGAUGUCGCUAAACAACUCAAAGAUCAAGGAAUAAUAAUUGCCGGUCAUCGUGACACAUCUGUGUACAAGGAGUUGAAGCGUGUAAUUCCAACAGCUGCAGCUUUUGGUGGUGCUUGCAUCGGUGCUUUAUCCGUUAUGGCUGAUCUACUCGGUGCUCUUGGAUCCGGUACCGGUAUACUGUUGGCCGUUACAAUCAUAUAUUCAUACUUUGAAAUGUUUGUUAAGGAAACUGCUGCUGAAGGUGGUAUUGAGGGAUUAUUCCUUUGA